CGCGUCUGGCGCGGCAACAGGGUGCGGCCGGGUUGGGGGCGCGGGCUGCAGCGCCGGCCCACCUCCCAGGAAGGCCGUGCGCUAGUGGUCCCUGCUCGGCUCCCAGGUCCCCUGCGCGGCCCCGCCCUGCCCCGCUCCCCGGCCCGGCAGCCGCCUGCUCCGGGAAGCUCCAGCCUGAGCCAUGUUUUUCACCUGUGGCCCGAAUGAGGCCAUGGUGGUCUCCGGAUUCUGCCGGAGCCCCCCUGUCAUGGUGGCUGGAGGACGUGUCUUUGUCCUGCCCUGCAUCCAGCAAAUCCAGAGGAUCUCUCUCAACACACUGACCCUCAAUGUCAAGAGUGAAAAGGUUUACACGCGCCAUGGGGUCCCCAUCUCAGUCACUGGCAUUGCCCAGGUGAAAAUCCAGGGCCAAAACAAGGAGAUGUUGGCAGCCGCCUGUCAGAUGUUCCUGGGCAAGACGGAGGCUGAGAUUGCCCACAUCGCUCUGGAGACGCUGGAAGGCCACCAGAGGGCUAUCAUGGCCCACAUGACUGUGGAGGAAAUCUAUAAGGACAGGCAGAAAUUCUCAGAGCAGGUUUUCAAAGUGGCCUCCUCAGACCUGGUCAACAUGGGCAUUAGUGUUGUCAGCUACACCCUGAAGGACAUUCACGAUGAUCAGGACUAUUUGCACUCCUUGGGGAAGGCUCGAACAGCUCAAGUCCAAAAAGAUGCUCGGAUUGGGGAAGCGGAGGCCAAGAGAGACGCUGGGAUCCGGGAGGCCAAAGCCAAGCAGGAAAAGGUGUCUGCUCAGUACCUGAGUGAGAUCGAGAUGGCCAAGGCACAGAGGGACUACGAGCUCAAGAAGGCCGCAUAUGACAUCGAGGUCAACACCCGCCGAGCACAGGCUGACCUGGCCUAUCAGCUUCAGGUGGCCAAGACGAAGCAGCAGAUCGAGGAGCAGCGCGUCCAGGUGCAGGUGGUAGAGCGGGCCCAGCAGGUGGCAGUGCAGGAGCAGGAGAUCGCCCGCCGGGAGAAGGAGCUGGAGGCCCGAGUGCGGAAGCCGGCCGAAGCUGAGCGCUACAGGCUGGCGCGCCUAGCGGAGGCAGAGAAGUCCCAGCUGAUCAUGCAGGCAGAGGCAGAAGCCGAGUCUGUGCGGAUGCGUGGGGAAGCCGAGGCCUUUGCCAUAGGGGCCCGAGCCCGGGCCGAGGCUGAGCAGAUGGCCAAGAAGGCAGAGGCGUUCCAGCUGUACCAGGAGGCUGCUCAGUUGGACAUGCUGCUAGAGAAGCUGCCGCAGGUGGCAGAGGAGAUCAGUGGUCCCUUGACCUCGGCCAGUAAAAUCACACUGGUGUCCAGUGGAAGUGGGGCCAUGGGGGCAGCCAAAGUGACCGGGGAAGUGCUGGACAUCCUGAGCCGCCUGCCAGAGAGCGUGGAAAGACUCACAGGCGUCAGCAUCUCCCAGGUGAACCACAAGCCUCUGCGAACAGCCUGAGCCCUCGACCUUCGCAGUGCCCUCGUAACUCACGUUGCCUGAGUGGUCCCAAUGUUGCAUGCACUUCCGCUGGCUCCCUGAGCACUCCUCCGACAGAGGGGUUCCACCACUCGUCUCUCCUUGCCAAAUAGCCUGUGCCUUGCCUUGGAGGGGAAGGGUUGCUCCCCUUUCUAGCCCCACACUGCGGAGGCUGCCAGUUCCCCAGGGAUCCCAUGCCAGCCUUCUGAUGAUCCCACUCCCAACUUAUUUAAACUAGUCUGAGCCUGUUGUCCAGACUUCUUCCGUGACCACGUCUUGAGGGACAGUCUGCAGGUUCUCAACGUUACUUGUCAAAUAAAUUGUUGUUAAUAAGUACUGAUACUUA